GCCUCUCUCUCUCGUUUCUACUAGCUAGCUAGCUAGACAGACGAGUGAGAGAGGUACGUAGCUCCGAUCUAGCUGUCAGUUAGUUAGGCAGGAUGGCCGGCGGCGCGGUGGUGAGCACGGGAGCGGCCAAGGACUACCCUGGCAAGCUCACCCUCUUCGUCUUCUUCACCUGCGUCGUCGCCGCCACCGGUGGUCUCAUCUUCGGAUAUGACAUCGGUAUCUCAGGCGGUGUGACGUCCAUGGAUCCAUUUCUGAAGAAGUUCUUCCCGGAGGUGUUCAGGAAGAAGCAGGCGUCGAACAAGAACAACCAGUACUGCAAGUACGACAACCAGCUGCUCCAGACCUUCACCUCGUCGCUCUACCUCGCCGCCCUCGUCGCCUCCUUCUUCGCCGCCACCGUCACCCGCGUCCUCGGCCGCAAGUGGUCCAUGUUCGGCGGCGGCCUCACCUUCCUCAUCGGCGCCGCCCUCAACGGCGCCGCCGAGAACGUCGCCAUGCUCAUCAUCGGUCGCAUCCUCCUCGGUGUCGGCGUUGGCUUCGCCAAUCAGUCUGUGCCGGUGUACUUGUCGGAGAUGGCGCCGGCGAGGCUCCGGGGGAUGCUGAACAUCGGGUUCCAGCUGAUGAUCACGAUCGGCAUCCUGGCGGCGGAGCUGAUCAACUACGGGACGGCGAAGAUCAAGGCCGGGUGGGGGUGGCGCGUGAGCCUGGCGCUCGCCGCCGUGCCGGCCGGCAUCAUCACCCUCGGCGCGCUCUUCCUCCCGGACACGCCCAACUCCCUCAUCGACCGCGGCCACCCGGAGGCGGCGGAGCGCAUGCUGAAGCGCAUCCGCGGCUCCGACGUGGACGUGUCCGAGGAGUACGCCGACCUGGUGGCGGCCAGCGAGGAGUCGAAGCUGGUGCAGCACCCGUGGCGCAACAUCCUCCGGCGCAAGUACAGGGCGCAGCUGACCAUGGCCAUCUGCAUCCCCUUCUUCCAGCAGCUCACCGGCAUCAACGUGAUCAUGUUCUACGCGCCGGUGCUGUUCGACACGCUCGGCUUCAAGAGCGACGCGUCGCUCAUGUCCGCCGUCAUCACCGGCCUCGUCAACGUCUUCGCGACGCUCGUGUCCAUCUUCACGGUGGACCGGCUGGGGCGGCGCAAGCUGUUCCUGCAGGGCGGCGCGCAGAUGAUGGUGUGCCAGGUGGUGGUGGGGACGCUGAUCGCCGCCAAGUUCGGGACGAGCGGCAUCGGCGACAUCCCCAAGGGGUACGCCGCCGUGGUGGUGCUGUUCAUCUGCGUGUACGUGGCCGGGUUCGCCUGGUCGUGGGGGCCGCUGGGGUGGCUGGUGCCGAGCGAGAUCUUCCCGCUGGAGAUCCGGCCGGCGGGGCAGAGCAUCAACGUCUCCGUCAACAUGCUCUUCACCUUCGUCAUCGCCCAGGCCUUCCUCACCAUGCUCUGCCACAUGAAGUUCGGCCUCUUCUACUUCUUCGCCGGCUGGGUCGUCAUCAUGACCGUCUUCAUCGCCCUCUUCCUGCCGGAGACCAAGAACGUGCCCAUCGAGGAGAUGGUCCUCGUCUGGAAGUCCCACUGGUUCUGGAGCCGCUUCAUCGCCGACCAAGACGUCCACGUCGGCACCAACCACGUCCACGUCCAGACCAAGCUCGCUGCUGCUUAAUUUUAGUUCAUCAUCUACCUCGUCUUCUCUUCUCUUCUGUCUACCAUCAAUUCCUAUUUGUUGUGUACAGUAGUAGUAGAUGCCUCUCUCUCUUUCUACCUGCGUGUUUCUUCGAUUCAUCCUGUCUCUGCCUUUCACUGUCAGCUACCACUAUUAAUUGUUAUACACCGCAACAUUAA